AUGGUGGAGGCGAUUCACUCUAAUGGGUCGGGCUGGUCUUUUCUUCCGUUAAAGAAGUCCCUUGGUGGUGUUUGGUCUAGUAUCGUGUCCGUCAUUAAUAAUCCGGUGGCUGGGCGAUCUCGGCUUCGUAACCUCUUUAGGGGUUCAGUCGGGAAUGGUGAGCAACUUCUCUUCUGGCUUGAUCCUUGGUUAAGGGAUGUCCCCUUAAUGGAAGCUUUUCCAAAUCUUUAUCGUUUGGAGUCGGUCAAGAAAUGUUCGGUCAGGGAUAGGUUGAGUGGUGUCUGGCUGUGGAAGCAUGAUCCCGUCUUGGAAAAUGAAGUCAUCGAGCUGGAUUCUCUUACCGCUGAAGUUGCGGCUGUUUCUUUGAUGAACAGGCCGGACGAAUGGAAAUGGCUGCCUGAUAAUUCAGGUUCCUUCUCUGUUCAUUCUGUUAAGACUUUGUUGGAUGGUGCUGUGGAUAGCAAUAAUAGGUUUGUCAUCGACUGGUGCAAGUGGGUCCCUUCAAAGUGCAACGUUUUUAUUUGGAGAGCGGAGUUGAACCGUAUCCCGACGGCCGAUUCGCUGCGGAAGAGAGGUAUCCAGAAGGUUUCUCGGUGGUGCGGCUUGGCUCCAAUCUAUGCUUUUUCUUUUGCUGAUCUAUUAAACGUCCACAAUCACAAGAGUGUCAGGGCUGAAGUUAAGAAGGUGGUUCAUGGUAUUAUGUUCAUUUCAAUUUUUUCAAUUUGGUGUCUGUGGCUGGCCCGUAAUAAAGUGGUGUUCUCGAAUGUAGACGCCAAGGUUGAUAGUAUUUUCAACGAGGUUAGAUCGUUAAGUUUUUUUAUGGUUUAA